CACAAACCACAGAGGAUAAGGCAUAUGUGCAAGUGAGGCAAACCCAAUUUGGAGAGCUUUUGUAUAUGGUCAUCAAUGGCAGAAGAACCUACAACUCCAAUUUCAUCCUUAGCCUCCCAAAUAUGCACCCAAAUAGCCUCCGUCUUCACCAUCCCCACCUCCACUGCGCCGCCGCUUGACCUCAUGGUGGCGGAAAUCUCCGGCGCCGCCGCCCGGAAAUCCCAAAUCUUCGUCUACGGAGUCGGCCGAGAAGGCCUCAUGCUCAAAGCCCUAUGCAUGAGACUCUCUCACCUCGGACUCUCUUCCCACUGCGUCUUCGACAUGACCACUCCUCCGAUCUCCUCCUCCGACCUUCUCAUCGCCUCCGCGGGUCCCGGCGGGUUCUCCACCGUUGAUGCGAUCUGCGGCGUCGCCAGAUCCAACGGCGCUCGCGUUCUACUGCUCACCGCUCAGCCCGAGUCCGGAUCGUCGGUGAAGUAUGCGACUGUGAUUGCUCAUAUUCCGGCGCAGACAAUGGCGGAUGAUGGUGGUGGUGGUGGUGGUGGAUCUGGGGGGCUGCUUCCGAUGGGGAGUGUGUAUGAAGGAGCGAUGUUUGUGUUGUUUGAGAUGGUUGUGUUUAGAUUGAGUGAGGUUUUGGGUGAGAGUUCUGAGGCAAUUCGAUCUCGUCAUACUAAUUUGGAGUGAAGAAGAUGAUCAGUUUCAUUACAGAGACUUUGGAUCGUAUGUGUAUCAUAUCCCGUGGUGACGACCUGUACACGUUUUGUUAUAUAUCAUUGGAUUUGGAAUGUUAGUUGUAAUUUGAUUACCAUCUUUAAUUAUAAUAUUAUUUUAGUUAUAAUUUUAAAAAAAAAAUUAAUUA